AUAUAUUUUCAAAAACACUGUCGCUAUUGCGGAAUCUCGGACAUUAACACACAACAGAAAACAUGGAAAUGGAAGUGUCUUUUGGCAUGGUGCUGAAGUUGUUAGUGGCCGUUGGACUUUCAGGUCAUUUUUAUGCAGCGCAAGCGUCUGUCUCACAGACUGCGUGUACUGUUGGCGGAAGUCAAUGUAAUAGUAUAGCCAACUCAUCUUGUGUCUCUUCUAAGUGCAAGUGUAAUGAUGGGUUCAAUGAAACCACUAACACAUGUACCAAAGUUUUAGGUGCAACUUGCACGGUAGCCCCCGAUUGCUCAACCCUAGUCCCUAACUCUAACUGUAGCACAACAUGUUCAUGCUCACCACUGUAUAAAGAAAAGAUGAAUAUGUGUGUAAAAGCCGUGUCACUUACGACAUGCACUACGGAUGGAAACGAAUGCAGUCAGAUAGGGAACGCUGCAUGUUCUUCAAACAAGUGUAAAUGCAAUGCCGGUUUUAAAGACACCGUGGAUGCUUGCACUAAAGUACUCGGUGCAGCAUGUACAACAGAUGGCAAUUGUGCAACUGUUACCAAUUCAGCGUGUACAACAUUAAAAUGUACAUGUUCUACAGGUUAUGGGGAGUCGGAUAAUAUAUGUGCAAAAACUGUCUCGGGAACAACAUGUUCCAAGUCUGGAAACGAAUGCAGUUCUAUCACCAACUCUGCCUGUGAUGUGCCAAAUACAAAAUGCAAAUGUGAUUCUGGUUUCAAAGAAGCAGUGAAUAAAUGCACAGCAGAAUCGAAGGCCGUCACAGUAUCUACUACAACUACGACUGCACUGUUUGGUGCUACGUUUCUUGUGUUUGCUUUGAAAAAAGAUUUUUAGGCUGGUAAAAUAUUCGACACCACGAUUACCAGAUCAUGACAAUUGAAUAAGAAAAUAUGUAUUUAUAUGUUUAGAAUAAGACAUUAGAUUCAUUUUAAACAAAUCCCGUUAUCAAAAUUACCCGCGGGAGACGUUUGUAGCUUGUAAAUGACCAAUAUACUUUUCUAUGUGGAAAACAUUUCUAUGCUUUAGUAGUUUAGUAGUUUAUCACUUUACUUGCUCAUUACACUCUCUCCUCUCUGACUGACUAGAGCACAAAAUUCAAACCGCCGAUUUUAAUAGACGUGCAUUAGUGCUUAUUUUCAUGUUAUUGUUAAAUUGUUUUAGUACAAUGUAUAUAUAUUUCAUUCUUUUUGUCAGUUCAAAACACCAUAUAACAAACAGUGGAUAUUCCUAGUAUUUUUGUCAGGAAAAUACCUAACUGUUUUAAUGCUUUGGCAAAGUUUAAUAGAAGCAAAUACAUAAAUAUUUUCGAUGAAUCAAAAACUAAUUUCAAUUAAUCGAAAAUGUUUACAUACUGAACGAGUCGCUUUGAUGUUAAUCUUUGAAGUUCAUGAUGUUCCUUUCUUUACGGAAAUAAAAUCUAAGCGGAAAGUUAAAGUGGCAUUAUGCGCAUCUUAGUGUUUUGGUGACUGUUGUAUAAACGCAAGUUUCAGUUGCUGUACAUUUAAAAGUGUUACAUUAACGAAAAUGUUGCAUAAGUAUUUGAAGCUGAUGUUUUGAAACAAAGAAAUCGGACUAAUAAAAUAAUAGUUCCUUCCUUCGCUGUGAUAUCUCUUAUGUUGUUGUUAUUGUUGGUAGAGAUUUCUGCAGUAAAAGGGAGACAACUCUUGCAUACAACUUUUCUUUUCUUAAAACAGUGGACCACUGAAAAUAAGAAAAGUCAUAUUUGGAAAGUUAUUAUGUCGUACCGCUAGCAGGAAGAGUUUGGUAUAUUGGGUUAAAAGCUAUAUUUCUCUACUCUUUUAAUAAAAUCUGGAAAGUAGAUCCCUCGGAAGCACCGAGAACAAGGCAAACAGUGAAAAUUGCAUUCUCGGUUUGAUUGAGUCUGUUCAUGGGCAGUAAUGGAAAAAGCAACACUGCCCACGCCCCCUAGCACCGGCUUAAGCAGUAUUCAAUCUUCAAAUCCAAAUGAGUUGAAAUCAAUGAUCCCGAAGGACCAGAAAAUAUAACAACACUGAGAUGAAGUCGGGGCGACUUUUUACGGCCGUAAUGCUCAUAUAUAUUUCAGCUGGAGUUUUACUUGAAAAAAAAUGCGCAUAAUUCCACUUUAAAUAAAGACCAGUUGUUUCAACACGAUCAUGACUUUCCUCUUUAGAACGAUUUUAUACACAUAUAAAGUGUAAAAGUUCCAAGUGAAAUUUGACAUUAGAGAUAGGUGGUCAUAUUUGAAACAUCCAGCUGGGACAGAUACAUGACAUAUUUAUAUACAUGUACCUUGAACGUUUGAUGUUUCUCAUUCAUUCAGUGUUUCUUUAUUUUCAGUACAUUUCUAUUGAGAAGCUUGUCAACAUGUUUAUUUUGUUAUUUUUUAUGUUCACAUUUUCUUGCAUUACAUUUCCAGAACAACUGUUUUAUUUUCAAAUAUACCUCUUUGUUUAAUUUGUGACUAUGUUUCAACAAUGGCAUUAUUGUUUAAUGCACUAAUGCAUUUGCAUGAAACUGGCUGAUAGAUGGUAGAUGAGUAAUAUUCAUUCAUUUGCGCAGAUUAAAUACAAAUUCAUUAUAACACGUAAUUGAUCACCUAAAUCAGACAUUUUUAUACUGUCAGUAAUUUAAUUUUGCCUUAUUGACUAAUCGGAACUUUUUACGGUUCCUCAAUAACGUUGGCAAUAUCUUUCAUAACACCUGUAGUACAUUUAUGAAAUUCAGACACUAAAUCAAGUAUGUUGUUAAGAUCAUACGAAACAUUCAACAAAUCAAAUUGUAUAAAGAUAUUAUCUUAUUCAUUAUACGAUCUAUAUCCAUGUUUUAAAAACAACAGAAAUAAAAAAUACAUGUUUGGUUUUUAUUCAACGAGCAAAUAUUAUUUACAAGGAUAUAGAGUUGUACAUAUGAUGUUGGAUUGUCACUGUUCUCUGGUCAAAUAUCAAACCUGAAUUGAAACAUAUGUCCAAGAUAUGGUAGGAUAAAGAAGUUAUUUUGUUUUUGUCAAGUUUUUCAUAUCUUAUCACGAAAUUCGAUCAGUAAACAUUCUAGACAUUUAUGUGUAUUUUUGUGACUUUUUAAAAUUGGGCCGUAAAAUACAUUAAAUGAUAUCACAGCAUUAUGCAUUAUUCAUUAAUCAUUUGUUAUUGUUGAGUUUUUUUUUUUUUUGUUUUUUUUUUUUUUUUAAAUAUCAUUAGCAACGCAUGUGUUAGAAAUUCUAUCAAUGUACUGUAUUAUGAAAGAAAUUGCCAAACAUUUCAAGAGGCAUUAGAGCUGAACUUCAGAUUAGUAUAUUGCCUAACGUUGGUGCAAUUUCAGUCUAAAGGAAUACUGGGAUAGCCAAUAUUAAAUGACUUUAUAUAAUUCGUACAAUCAAUCUAUGUACUGUAAAUGAAACGAAUUUAAUAAAACUGUUGCUAAAUGUAGGGAUUUUAUACAUAAGGAUGAUCUGCAAUCAUGGUAUUAUUCCACUCUAAAGGCGUAUGAACAUGAUUAAAUAACGUUGUUUAUUUGAAGGUAGAUCUUUGUAUACCUAAACAAUAUGUCAUGAUUUUUUUUUGACAUCGACUGAAUUUAAUAUAACGAACUGUACAGAAAAAACACUUGCACAGAAUAAACACUUGCAUUAUUACUUAACAUAAUGUUACGAAAAAGUUAUUGGAAUUAGCUGUACACACCCAAUCUGUCCGUUAUUACUUAUUAUGAUGUUUAGUUACAGUUUAUAAAGUUUAUGAAAUGGACAUAUCAGAUCAAUAAACAGUUGUUUUAUGUA